AUGGGUCGUCUUCACUCCAACGGAAAGGGCAUAUCGUCCUCUGCCAUCCCUUUCUCUCGCCAGCCCGCGUCGUGGCUCAAGACCACCCCCGAGGCCGUUGUUGAGCACAUCUGCAAGUUGGCCAAGAAGGGUGCUACUCCCUCCCAGAUCGGUGUUGUCCUCCGUGACAGCCACGGUGUUGCCCAGGUCAAGGUCGUCACCGGUAACAAGAUCCUCCGCAUCUUGAAGAGCCACGGCCUCGCUCCCCAGCUCCCUGAGGACCUCUACAUGCUUAUCAAGAAGGCCGUCGCCGUCCGCAAGCAUUUGUCGACCAACCGCAAGGACAAGGACUCCAAGUUCCGCCUCAUUUUGAUUGAGUCCCGUAUCCACCGUCUCUCCCGUUACUACAAGACCGUCGGUGUCCUCCCCCCCACCUGGAGGUACGAGAGCGCCACCGCCUCCACCCUCGUCGCAUAAACAGCGAACUAGGUUGUGGAUAUUCGAGUGGAUGGAGGAUGACCGCUUGGAUGGAGUUCACGGUUACGGAUGUUGGCCUGCUUUUAGCGCCACUUAUAUCUUAACGGAUGCCCAUGGCUGGAAUGAAUAAAAGCACCAUACCCUGACUUUUCAAUGCUCGUGUUUAUUUGUAUCGUGAAGAAAUGUGACUUUUAUCGUUUCCCUACAAU